UUCUCUUAACCUCUGAAUAUCACCCUGUAGAAACUACUGUUUGCUGUGAGCAGCUCUUUGAGCAUGAAGGCCGCAGUUCGUUCAGUUAAAAACUUUUCUAAAGGCUACUCUGAGACUCAGGUUAAAGUCAGAAAUGCCACUACAAAUGAUGCUUGGGGCCCUAGUGGGAAGGCCAUGGCGGAAAUCGCCCAAUUAACUUUUGAUCAGCAUGAAAUGCUCGAAGUUAUGGAUAUUUUGGACCGUCGUUUGAAUGACAAAGGAAAGAAUUGGCGACAUGUGUUCAAGGGUCUAACAGUCCUGGAAUACUGUAUCCACAGCGGUUCUGAAAACGUCGUUCGCUGGGCCAAAGAUAACUUAUAUAUUAUCACUACGUUACGAGAGUUUGUGUACAUUGACGAAAACGGAACAGACCAAGGUCAAAACAUCAGAACAAAAGCCAAGGAACUCACGAAUUUAUUGUCUGAUGACGAAGCCAUUCGCCAGGCUCGUAGAAACAGAAACGACAUGCAUGGCCGGAUGAACGGCGACGAUGAAUUUGGAAACUCUGAUGAUUGGGGAUCCCGUAAUCGUUCGCGUCGUUACAACCAUCCUCCUGUUUACGAUCACUCAUCUUCCCGUGGUAGCACACGAACUCAAUCUCGUCGUAACAGUCCAGGUGAUGGCAGUGAUGGUCUUGAUGAUGAACUUGUUGCGGACCCAGAGCUUCGCCGAGUCAUUGAGGAAUCAAAACGUCAAGCAGAAAUUGACGCUCGUCGUCGCCAAGAAGCUGAGAAUGAAGAAGCUGAAUUACAAAAGGCGCUUCAACUCUCCAAGGAAGAAGAAGAGGCACGUAAACGACACGAGCAAGAAACUCAACGGUUCAUGGAAUCGAAUUCCUAUCAGCCUGUUGAUUUUUUUGGAAAUCCUGUACAACCGCAACAAACAGGCUUCUCUAACAACCCCUUUCCGAUUCAACCUCAACAAACGGGUUUUGUCCAACCGCAAGCAACUGGCUUCAUUCAACAACAACCUACUGGCUUUGUCCAGCCUCAGCGUACGGGUUUCAUGCAACCUAAUCACACGGGUUUUGUUCAACCUCAGCGCACUGGCUUUAUGCCGCCAAAUCACACAGGAUUUGUUCAACCGCAGGCAACAGGAUUUGUUCAACCGCAGGCAACAGGAUUUGUUCAGCCGCAACCGACCGGAUUUGUUCAACCGCAGCCUACAGGGUUUAUGCAACCACAAACUACUGGUUUUAUACAACAACAGCCAACAGGUUUUGUUCAGCCUCAGCGGACGGGUUUCAUGCAGCCUAAUCAUACAGGCUUUGUCCAGCCGCAGCGUACUGGUUUUAUGCAACCUAAUCACACAGGCUAUGUUCAGCCUCAACGCACUGGCGUUAUGCAACCUCAGCGAACCGGCUUCAAUAACGGCUUUCCUGCACAAGCUCCUAUCCAACAACAAGUUACAGGCUAUGUCCAACCUCAACGAACUGGUUUUGGUGCGAACAAUCCUUAUUCUCAAAUGAUGCAACCUGCUCCUCAACCCGCUGCUCCAAAGCUUGAACCUACCAAGACUGGUUCCAACAACCCUUUUGCUCAAUUCACUAAACUCCCCCAAACAGUUUCAGCUCCAAAUGUUUCUACCUCUGGUGCUCAAGUGCAAAGACCAGUUAAGACCAAUGAUGAGCGGUAUGCCAACAUUGCCCAGGCUGUUUUAACGGGAAAUCCUACGGGUGUCGACACAUUCGGAAAUAUGGGUGAUGUUCGUGUUCCGACUCAUCACACUGGUUCCAGAUUUACUAAUAGCGCCGGUCAAACAAUUCAGGCACAACCCACCGGUGGAAAUCGCAAUCCCUUUCAAAAGUCGCAACAGCAGCAGCAACAUCCUUCGUUUUCUCAACAACCGUUACAACAGGCUAACAUGCAAAUGCCUUACCAACAGCAUCCUAUGGGUUAUGUAAAUAAUCAACAAAUUUAUGGGGGAAUGCAACAUGUUCCCGGACAACAACCACCGACACAACCUCAGGUGGGUUCAUUGAUCGACCUCUAAGCUUACAUGCAACACCUCGUCUUUUUGAAUUAGUGUCAUCCUUAAAGGAGGAGGGUUUUUUAGAUCGUACAAAUAGCUUCUCUUCCUCUCCUUUUUUGACCGCCAUCUUAAUCAUUUAUGCCAUGUUCUUCGUUUUUCAACCUUGAUGUUAGCUUGCACUUGGUGCGACCAAUUAAUGACUGUAAUGACUGUCGUGAGCUUUGAAUAUCAGCCAAACUGGUGUGAAUUCAAAGGUUUCUACUACUGGAGAAUAAGCUAGAACCUUGUUUAGUGGAAGUGCUCGUGUGUCGUCCUUCAGAUCAAACAUCUGUAGUAGUAUAUAUAUUUCAUUUGUAUUUAUGUAAACGUUUACGAAUUAGGCGCCCAAGUAGCCCUAGUGCCAGUGAGAACAAAACUAGAUAAGUCGUGUUCCAUCU